AUGGGCAAUUAAAGGAUGUAUGGGGGAUAAUUUAAUAACUAAUUGAGGUUAUAUAGUUAGUUUAAUGGGCCGUUUAACAAUUAUGAAAACAAUUCUUAACCAUAACCUGGUUACAAUAGAGGGAAAAAAAUUCAGAGAGUUCCCUCAAGGUUACUUUCCUUUUGGUUAAAGAAGAAGGAAUAAUAAAGCUUAAGGUUGAGUGCUAGCAAAGAAUUCAGCCAGAUUUAGAGGCAAUUCUAGGUAGGUGAACUAGAGCUUGUCUUAAGGAAACCAAGCAAUAAAAUUGAUUAGAUCGUUUCCCUCAAUUACUAUAACACAACCAAACACACUCUCAGAAAACAAGUUGGACUGUUGACUCAAUAAAGAAAGGUAAAACUAACCACAUAUUCUUUGUCUAUAAGAGAACCGAUAAAAUCUAUCCAAAACUUUCCUUCGUGCACCUUUGUUUAUUAAAGAAGGGAAGAGUGA